CAGCGCGCUAGUUGUGUCCUCGUGCAGGAAGCGGGAGGAGCGCCUGCGCUUUGUGAGGGGAGUGGAGGGGUCGGCUCCAUCAUGGCGGAGCGCGGGUACAGCUUCUCCCUCACCACGUUCAGUCCUUCUGGAAAGCUUGUUCAGAUUGAAUAUGCUUUGGCUGCAGUGGCUGCAGGAGCUCCAUCAGUUGGCAUUAAAGCUGCAAAUGGAGUGGUGCUGGCAACUGAGAAGAAGCAGAAAUCCAUUCUUUAUGAUGAAAGGAGUGUCCAUAAAGUAGAACCAAUUACCAAACAUAUAGGUUUAGUGUACAGUGGUAUGGGUCCAGAUUACAGAGUACUUGUGCACAGAGCUCGGAAGCUGGCCCAGCAAUACUACUUGGUUUAUCAUGAGCCCAUCCCAACAGCUCAGCUAGUACAGAGAAUUGCUUCUGUAAUGCAGGAAUACACACAAUCUGGUGGUGUUCGUCCAUUUGGUGUAUCACUGCUAAUAUGUGGCUGGAAUGAAGGGCGGCCCUAUUUAUUUCAGUCAGAUCCAUCUGGAGCUUACUUUGCAUGGAAAGCAACAGCAAUGGGAAAAAAUUACGUCAAUGGGAAGACAUUCCUUGAGAAAAGAUACAAUGAAGAUUUGGAGCUUGAAGAUGCCAUUCAUACAGCUAUCUUAACACUAAAGGAGAGCUUUGAAGGGCAGAUGACAGAAGACAAUAUCGAAGUUGGCAUCUGUAAUGAAGCAGGUUUUAGGAGGCUUACUCCAACUGAGGUUAAGGACUACUUGGCUGCAAUAGCCUAGUAGGAACCGAGCCAGACUGUGUGAUUCACACAAAGGUCUUUUUAAUUUUGGCUACUUAAAUGUUUUUGUUUGCAGUUUUUGCAUACUUAUUUCUACAUGGUUCGUCUGAGAGAUUUUUUAAAUAUCAUGGGUGCAAAGGCAACAGUCCUAAUGUUGUAAUACAUGGAAUCUUAUUACAGGUAAUUCUUUCCCUUGAUACAUGAACUCUUUGUACACAAAACACUGUACAAAAUGUAAAAUUACAAUGACAGCUCAAAAAAGGUAAAGAAUAAAAUUCGAAGGCCACUGUUUUGGGGGCAGAUGUCUGUGUGUCUUUUUAAUCAUAGCUUUUUAUCUGCAUAAAGCUGAGUCUUCAGUAUCUUUACUGUUAAGGAAACAGAAUUUUCCACAUCCAGCCACAAUGAACUCGUGUGAGACCUUUUAAAGAGUUUGAAUUUUGAGUGGACAGGGUGAAUUUUGUUUUCUUUCACUUUGGAGUAUUGUGUAAUAUUAAGUUACAUCCAGAAAUGGUUUUUAUCUGGUGUAAGAGAUCAUGUGCUUUCACAAAUAGCCAGAACAGUCUUCCAUUUCAGGUGUAAACUGUGAUCUACCUGAGCAUCUCUGGUAGAUACCUCUUGGUCUUUGUGUCUCAAGAACUUGUUUUCUGUUACUUGGUUUGUAGCCCUAGAAACUGCACUUUUUAAACCCUGAAAUACUUCUAGAAACAAUAGAAGUGGUAACUCUUACUGAAAGCUAAAUGCAUCAAUAACAAUCAACAAGAGCUGCAAAGCAAAGUGAGGAUAUGUAAUGUAAUUACUUUAUCCCUUGAAUUCUGCUGAAGUAUUUUCCAACUUGCAAGAUAACUCUAAAGGUGCGGUAAUGAAAAGAUCACUUAAUUUAUGCAUCACAGCUUUUACAGGUGCAGAACUUGGUCUAGAUGCUUGUAUAUUAUUGUGUUAGGUGUAUGUAUCAGUGCAUUUGUUACGUGUGUAGUCGUUCAGGUUAUAUAGAAACAAAACUGCAGAAGAAACAGGAUAAAAUGUAUGUACUUUUUUUCAGCAGAAGUCAUUCGGUCUGCAGUCAUUUAGGUUACUCUGUGCAGAUUUCUUUUGGUUUUAAGCAGUCUGAUUGUUAAAAUGUUGAUAAUGAACUGGGAGCAAUAGCUUGUAUGUAAGGCUAAGAACAUAUGGAAGCAGUCUGACAGGAUACAUCUUAGCCAGACAUAACUGAUGAAGAAAGCACAAAGUAUGAGUUAGUCUGCAGAAAGUAGUGUGUAGCUCAUUGGUUUGUUCUUUCCAAUGUCUGUUGUCUGAUGUUUUAUGUUACCAUUAGGUAAAUAAGAAUUUCUGAAGCAUGCCAUAACUGAAGUUCUAUUUCCUAAUGUCAGAAAUAAAAGCUGUGUCCAAACGGUUCA